CGGUCCUCUCGGCGAGAAGGUGCCCAUGUCCGUCCUCAUCCACAACUCGAUGCCGCAUCUUCAUCCCCAUCUCGAUACCAUCUCGAUACCACAUCGUCAUCCACAUCAUCCACAGCGUCAUCCCGCAUCGCCUCGAUACCACAUCUCGAUCGCACGCCUCAGCUCUCGCCAUGGACAGCAGCCCCUGGCACAUCCAUGCCGAUGCCAUCACAGCCAUGUCCCCGCACCCUAUCGCCCGCAGCAGCUCAAGCGAGGUCUUCACGGCGUCGUACUAUGGAUCCGAGGUGGCCGUCAAGCAGCUCCGAGACAUAUCCGACCUCCUGCCGCCGGAUAUGUUUCGUCGCCAGCUCAACACAUGGUACAAUCUAAGCCAUCCACAUGUCUUGCCAUUGCUCGGAGCCUGCGAUAUAGCCAACCAACCGCUCAUCGUCACCCCGCUGAUGCCAAACGGCACCCUCAGCACCUACAUCCGCAAUGCCGGCAGCACAUGCCCGCUCGAAGAGAAGCUCCGGCUCCUGUGCCAGGUGGCAUCGGGGAUGGUUUAUCUUCAUGCCAAGGGCCUAUCUCACAACGACCUCAAGCCCCAGAAUGUCUUCUUGAACAGCUCGCGGGACGCCGUGGUUGCUGGCUUUUGCUCCCUCGUUGCCCAACACAACCUGGUCGAGAGCUCCACCUCAGACAGCGAGCCCGAGAUCAACCCGAGCAUCCAAGGCACUCUAGACUACAUGGCCCCUGAGAUGCUGGACGAUGACCUGCCCGCUGUCUCACCCAAGAAGGCCAAUGUCUAUGCCUUUGGCAUCAUGCUCUACGAGGUCCUCAACGACUGCAAGGCCGUCUGGGUCACAGCCACCGGCGACCCCAUGCGGGUGCGCACCAUCGAGGCGCAGAUCUGCAGAGGCAGCCGUCCCAAGACGCCUGCCGGCACCCCCGACGGCGUCCCAGAAGACAUCAGGCCCCUGGUUGAGCAGUGCUGGCACCAAGAUCCGAACAAGCGGCCCGAGUUCAGCGCCAUCCUCGCUGCCCUGGAGCCGCUCAGGGCCGCGCUGUCGUCCCAGGCUCCAAAAUCAUCACAGGCGCUCAGGCCGCCCGGAACAACCAUAUCGACGUUGCUGCCGAGCCCAGACUGGCUUGGCGAACUCGAAGCGCUUCUGCCGCUCGUCCCAAACACCUUUCGCGUGACCCGGAGCCAAGCCAUGCGAGGCGAUCCCGAGGCCUGUGUCCAGAUUGCCAUGAUUGUUUCUGCGAACAUGGGCGCCGCCGAUCCGCUGUGGCCCCAGGUCGCCCGACUGCUCCAGACCGGCGCCGACCACAACAGCUUGGAGGCUCAGUUCCAUCUGGGCUGGCUGCACUGGGCCGGCAUCGGAGUGGACCAAAGCGAUGCCAUUGCGUUCCGGUGCUGGAGCCGCGUCCGCAACGACUCGGACGAUCCGGCGCUGAAACCAAUUGCCACAUUCAUGGUUGGCUGGUGCUACUACCUUGGCCGAGGGACGGACCAGGACAAGCCGGAGGGAAUCGACCUGAUCCAUGCGAGCGCCACGGACGAGUUUGAUCUCGGCGGUCUGUGCUUCGAGCCCAACCAGGAGCCGGCAUCGUCCGACACUUUCGCAGCGCAGGAGUUCUCCAAGCUCUGCCAGUUUGCAAGCAAUCAGGACUGGCUGUGCAAACACCUGUCGGCCCUUUGCUAUGUUGGUGGAUACGGCGUCGGCAAGGACGAGACCCGAGCCUCCCAGAUCUUUACGAAUCUUGGUAACCAGGGCCACGACGUCAGCCAGCACUGGAGCGGUCUUUGCAUCUACAACGGCUGGGGCAUCGGUCGAAACGAUACCAGAGCCGUCCAGUGGUUUGUGAAGGCUGCCGAGCAGGGCGACUCGUACGCCAUGAACAGAAUCGCCCUCUGCUACAAAUAUGGCCACGGGGUCACACUCCAUCCGGCCAGAGCCAUCGAGUGGUUCACCAAAUCAGCCAUGCAGGGCAACCACUGGGGCCAAUUCAACCUCGGCAAGGGCUACUACACCGGCUCGGGCAUCAACCAGGAUUUCUGCGUCGCGGCCGAGUGGUAUGCCAAGUCGGCAGAGCAGGGAAAUCCAAAAGCCCAGAGCGCACUCGGUCGCUGCUACUACACCGGCAAGGGUGUAGCCAGGGACUACAACAAAGCCGCAGAGUGGCUCGCCAAGUCAGCCAUGCAGGGUUACUGUGAUGGCCAGUUUGGUUUUGCAAGCUGCUACGAGCACGGCUUUGGGGUCACGCAGGACUUUGAGCAAGCGGCCCACUGGUAUCGCUUGGCGGAGGCCCAGGGGUCGACCGAUGCUACCAACAUCCUCAGCGCCCUCCGGAACCAGGGCAUCAUCGACUGAGUAUGCUUUGCAAGGCACCGCGCAUCUUCGGCCGCCUCCAUGGCGUUGGGAUCGAGUCAAGUUUGGCAUUUCGAUUCGUCAUCGUCAAUCGUUCCACGGGCCUGUGCCGGGGGACAUGUUGAACACCGUCGCUACGACCAGUCCGUUUUGUCGUAUUCCAUAGAGGAAUGUAGUCUUGGCGAUAUACAGCUCACUUAAAGCGAAACGGGUCGCCCUAUUGAGUUGCUGAUUUCUGUGUCCUGAAUAUACACCAUCGCCCGUCAUGACCAAA